UGUGUGCACGUGCCCACGUGGUAUAUAUGUGUGCGCGCGUAGUUUUAAUACAUAAUACAUCGCGUUAUUGCAUCGCUGAUAACUCGCGCGGAACACGGCCGCCGGGCGCCGGGCAGUCCGGGCAGUGCGCCGAUGGAUCGCGUGACGCGCGUUGGAGAAUCGACACGCAAGGGUUUGUAGGUUAGACCGCGAGGCUCCGAGAUUGAUCGACGCGGGAGGAAGAAAGAGGAGAAGGAUUUAAAGCACGAUGCGGGCGGCUAUCGCGGUGUGCUGCGUCUUCCUCGGCUGCUGCACCAACGUCGUGUUUCUGGAACUGCUGGUCAAGGAUGAUCCUGGCAGUGGAAAUCUCAUCACGUUCUCGCAGUUUCUCUUCAUAGCAGUCGAGGGAUUUCUGUUUACGUCCAAAUGCGGCACCGUCAAACCAAACGUAGGCAUAAAGGAUUACUUUAUUUUAGUCACAAUGUUUUUUAUUGCCAACGUAUGCAAUAAUUAUGCGUUUGACUUUAAUAUUCCUAUGCCACUGCACAUGAUAUUUAGAGCUGGUUCUCUAAUAGCCAACAUGAUUAUGGGUAUUAUUAUUUUAAACAAGAAGUAUACGUUUAGCAAAUAUUUAUCAGUAUUUAUGAUCACCGUGGGAAUAGCGCUCUGCACAAUCGUUAGCGGCAAGGAGAUCAAGUCCUUGCAGCAGAAAAAUGUGGAGCAAGUAGCUACGACGCCGUGGGACGACUUCUUCUGGUGGAUCUUGGGCAUAUCUCUGCUCACGAUCGCCCUAUUCGUUUCCGCUAGAAUGGGUAUUUAUCAGGAAGUACUGCACAGCCGGUACGGUAAAAACGCGCGAGAAGCUUUGUAUUAUACACAUCUGUUACCGUUGCCAUUCUUCCUAAUGCUAGCGCCUAAUAUUUAUGAUCACUGGAACUUUGCGCUCGCAUCUGAGCCACUGAGGUUGCCUGUGAUCGGUGUACAUAUCCCAUCGUUAAUCGCAUAUUUAAUUGGAAACAUUCUGACGCAAUAUAUGUGCAUCAGCUCUGUAUUCGUAUUAACUACGGAGUGCAACUCCCUUACGGUUACUCUGGUAAUAACAUUGCGAAAGUUCCUGUCGUUGUUAUUCUCUAUAAUCUAUUUCAAAAACCCGUUUACUAUAUAUCAUUGGACUGGUACGUUACUAGUCUUCAUAGGUACAGUUAUUUUUACGGAAGUGAUACCAAAGAUUACGCAAAGCUUACAACAGACGAAACCUAAGACGAAAAAAACGGAAUAGGUGCAUUAACUUUAAAAAUAAGACAGGCAAAUAAUUAUCUUUUAUUUCUAUCGAUUAUGUAACUAUGAAUUGUUUAAGGCAUUUUAUAGUGAUUGUGUCAUUUCGAUACGUACGGAAGCAUAAAAGAGAUUCUCGGAUAGAUAUGAUGUGGAAAAUGAUGCCCGUCCAUUGUUUUGUAUAAUAUAUGCUUUUGUAAAAUAA